AUGCUUUCCACAGGCGCUCAUGUGCCAGGUGCCUACCGGUCAAUGAUGUCUGGAUUCCAACAAAUAUACCGUAUGGAGGGCUUCACUGGAUUCUACCAAGGUUUAAUACCAGCUAUGUUCGGAGUGUGCCACGGUGCUCUGCAAUUCAUGGCUUACGAACAGCUUAAGAGGUAUCGCACACGGAUGUCUCAAGCUUCUUCCUCAGAUCGACUCCCGACACCGACCGAUACCCCUUCAACGCAGCUGAAGACCCUGAGCAAUAUGGACUAUCUCCUUCUUUCAGGAACAUCAAAAAUCUUUGCCGGCGGCGUGACGUAUCCAUACCAAGUUCUUCGAGCCCGCCUGCAAACAUACGAUGCCAGGGGGACCUAUAAGGGCGUACGGGAUGCGUUUGCACAGAUAUUACGAACGGAAGGCUUGUCUGGGUUCUAUAAAGGUCUAGGACCGAACCUGGUUCGCGUUUUGCCCAGUACGUGGGUUACUUUCCUUGUAUAUGAGAAUACAAGGGUAUAUCUUAUGGUAAACAAAUGA